CUCUCCACUCGUGCCACGAAGCUCGUCCGGGAUGCUUCAGUACUCGGCGAUGAGGCAGUGCAUUUUCGGCCCGACAAGAAGCUGAAAGAAUGCGCGGCCUUCGCGUGACGGGAAGUCACCCUGUCGCGUGCCGCGAUCCUAGGCGGAAGUGCGACUAACAGGUUGUUGAUUCGUCAACCGGAAGUCGACCGAGUUACCCAGUGCGUUGUUUAUACUGUGUUGUGUCAUCAUGCUUCAUAAGUAUCGGUGUGUCUUCGGCAAAUCAGUGUCAUCAAUGUGCUUCUUCAAAUCGGUGUGCUUCUUUCUAGUCAGUGGUCAUCCCUGAAGUAAACACAGCUAAAGAAAACCCGGAAUUCAAGAUCAACUACCAGUAAUGAUUAGAUUUAACUGCCUUUAAAGAUUCCCUCAGUCUUUCAGUUGCCUGUUCUGCAAGAUAAGCAAUCUACAGGAGUAGUAUAAUCUACUUGUUCACCAGUUCCAGCUCAAAUCCUCUAGAAAUCCGUUAGUUUAUCCAAUCUUAAAGUUGGACCUCAGGAGAUACCAUACUUUAAGGAGAAAAUUGGGGAUAUUGCACUGAUUCUAAAGAAGGUUUUGAUGCAGAAACAGGGAUGUUUGCUUUCCCAGAUCAGAAGACGACCCAUGGUGUCUGGAAGUCGCUACUCAUUUUCGAUGAUCGUUCCUAGGCUGGUUGGUCGCAUAAUGGACAAACGGAUUGGAAAGUGCGGUACGGUUUGUUUUAUCUAGACUAUCCUCGAUAAGUGUUCGUUUAUGAAGAACCUAGUCCUCUUGAAAUGUCAGAGACUCUUGGCGCCCAAGACUUCGGACGUCCCGCGACGGCAACCGAUACCAAAAAUACUGGCGCGUGUGAAUCUGACCUAAGGUCAAGCAGCGUCAGAAUAGAUGAUAAGUUAAGCUUUUAAGUUUCAAGUGUUUAGUAGCUCUUCAGGUGAAGUACCAAAGAAACGGACCCGCGAGGAGCGGGUAGAUUGAAAGUGUCUCAAGAGUCGACAUAUCCGUGUUACGUAGGGUGCAGUGUUCACUGACGCGAGUGUGAAAUUGUUGUUGAUGUAAUAGUUGGCGUGUUCAUUGCGUAGUGUCGUGCUAUAUCACUGGAAACAUUAGUGUCCCACAGGAAAAUGAAGAGGUCCUCUUCCUUCUUCAUGCCAAGAGUGACAAUGGGCUAGUGGCCGCGGAUCCAAGUCGAGUGAGCAGCAUGACAGCCAUUAACUCGGGUCCGGUCGGGGAAGUAGGUGGCGUGAGGCUGCCUUUGCAGUCACUGCAUGGAUACGGAUCAGUUUUCAUGUAUUCAGCCUCGACCAGUCCCGGGGGUGGAAAUGGUCAAGGGGGCGGAGGCGGAGGUGAAGUUACCCUCCGCCUCCGCGAACCUGAGGAUAUUCCAGAAGAGGUCCUCGCUCGUCUCGAGGAUACGGCCACUUUAUCCAUCUCCUUACAAGGCGAUGCUGUCCUUAGGCUAGGUGCGGCUAGUGCAGGAAGCGGAAAUUUAGAACUAUUCGAUAGCGAGAGUGGACCAGAUCUCACUUUGUCACCACAAACGUUCACAUCCACGGCAGAGGCCUUUAUCAAUGACAAUAGCGACAGUCUGGGCGUGCCGGGGGACAACGAUACGGGGAGUAGUGAAGAAUCUAGAACGGGAGCUGGAGAUCCCGGUAAAUUAGGUGUGAAAAAACCGAGACCAAAAGCUUCCUCGCCAAAUAGACAAGGUCCACAGCAGUGUCAGGUAUGCGGAAAAGUGUUCAACAACGCAUCGGCGCUCACAAAGCACAAGCUGACGCACAGUGACGAGCGGAAGUACGUCUGCACGAUGUGUGGCAAGGCGUUCAAGCGGCAGGACCACUUGAACGGUCACAUGCUCACGCACCGGAACAAAAAGCCCUAUGAGUGCAAGGCAGAAGGAUGCGGAAAGUCAUAUUGUGAUGCCAGGAGUUUGAGAAGACACACGGAAAAUCACCAUGCUGGAAGCAAAGUCAAUGAGAGUAUUAGUCCGAGCAGCCCUACAACUGGGCCACACACGCCUAAUACCCCAACAAGUAAUCCCAGCACUCCAAGUACACCUGGGGCUCCAACUAGUCAAAAUGGCCAUGGACAUACCGCACUUAAGCAGCUUCUGAAUGCUGAGCCCACCCCAUCACAGCAGCACAAGAGUGCCACUGCUCCUGGUGCAAGUAACGAUGGCCUCACAAAACAACAACUCGAGCUCAUUCAGCAGAUUAUGCAGCAGACUCAGCAGCAACAACAGCAACAACAAUCGCAACAACAACAGUCACCAACUCAACAACAACAUAACUCAAGUUCCACGAGUGGAAAUACGUCUAAUCAAAAAAUUAAUAAGUCUUCUGCUAAGUCUACUAAUUCACCAGGAACGGUGUCUUCAUCUGGAAGUGGCAGUCCAAGUCCCAAACCCAAGGUAUGGAACCAUCAGGUGAGUCGAAGGCCAAAAAAAUCAUCAGCUCAGAUAUCACAACAACAGCAGCAAGCGCAACAGCAGGUCCAGCAACAGCAACAGGCGAAUUCACCCGGAAGCGGAAAUGGGGGGAAAGGGAGUCCCUCCCCUGGGAACUCGUCGUCUCCCGGUGCCAUCACAGCAUCCAGCAAGUCGCAGACUGAACCAAAACCGGUUGAGUGCAAUCUGUGCCAUCGGAAAUUCAAAAACAUACCGGCGCUCAACGGUCACAUGAGACUGCAUGGUGGCUACUUCAAAAAGGAUUCCGAAAACAAGAAGAGUGAAAAGAAGGAAGUCGUUGGACCACCUCUUCAAACUGCUUCUGUUAGUGUAAGAGCACUGAUCGAGGAGAAAAUUAUUCAGAAAAGAAGUACAGCAUCAGACGCCAAUGCAGCUCAAACAAGGUCGAACGCUGCAGCAUUUAACAACCAAGAUAAUGGAACUUCUCAUGUUGGAAAAACAAAUUUUGCUGUGCCAGCUCCACCCCCUUUGGCAAGUGGAGAAAAGACAAGAAGACUUUCCGAUGGAGAUCAUUUUCGCCAACCGAAUGUGACGAUCACUGGACAUGCUUCAGUUCAGAAACAACUACAGGAAGCACAGACUCAAGCUCAGGCUCAAGCUCUUGCCGACUUGAUCUUGAAGGGAACCACAAAAAUGGCUGUGAAGAGAGCAACCUCAGAUCCAGGCCAGAGAGUUCAACUCUCAUAUCAAUCUUCCGUUCCAGCAACAAAUAACCAACCUCAAAAUCAAACUCAGAUCCAGCCAACCGUACCAGAAAGUUUCACGAUGACAACCGGUUAUUCCGAAGAUGGGGGUUACUUUAGCCCAAGUUUGCAGGACGAGGUAUUUCAACAGGUCACGUCUGUACCAGACAGUGUUUUACUCCACGCGACCCAGUUGGAUUCCAUUCAGUUUCAAACUGCGGGUCUUCUCCAGGAACAGACCUCAACUGAACAACUUCAGGACAUCGCCCUUGAGGAUCGCUUCUCAUCCCAACACACCGUUAACCCGGAUCUUCAGGCUCUAGUAAACUCUCCCCUUCCCGAUUCCCUUGCCGAAUUCAGCACCUACGGUGCCCAAUUCAACGAAAGUCCUCACACCUUACCAACUCAAUCCCCCUUACCAUCACCUCUCACGAGACACGAUAGUCCCAGCUUCACCUACCCAACUCCACCUGCGAGCCAGGAAGGUCUUUUAUCCGGAACUCUUCCUCUCCUGAGUCCCCAAGAAGAUCCAGAACCCGUUCGUCCUGUCUCCUCUCCUCUCUCUGCUGCUUUCUACACCACCACGAUGUCUUCCGCAGAAGCUGUAGAAGAAGCCCUAAGUGAAGUCCUUCCCGGAGAAUCGGACGCUGACGCCGAUCUGUAUGGUUCAGGAUCUCCAAACCCUCACUCUCCUCUCCCAAGUCCUCCACCAUCAUCCGUCUCUUCUCCAGGUCCGGGAAAUUUUUCCUCGAGCUUCCCUGUUUCCCCGCAUCACGCUCUCCAAAACCAGAUGAUGCCCAAUUCCGAAGAUCCUCUUUUAUCUUCAAGCCCGAAGGACUUUACAGGUCGGAGGAAAGUGGAAUUCCAAUCCUAUAAGCUUAUCACUAGUCAAAACCUCAUAGACUUUGGACUCGGAAAUGGAAGUCUAGCCGGCAUCGUUGUCGACAACAAUGGAGAAUUCAAACUGAUCCAGACUUCUGGAAUGCAAAAGGCAAACGUUUUUGUUCAAGCUGGAUCCUUGAGUCCAGCUCUUGCUUUCAGAAAGGAGAUCAGACUAGCUGCCCCGAAGAUUGAACCGAGUGGGAUGAAUAUGGGAAACUCUGGAAUGAAUGUUCAGAGUCAUCAAUUCCAGGGCCAGGUUCAUCAGCAGGUGAUCAACCCGGCAAAGUUUUUGAUUCAGUCAAAUCAGAAGAACUUGAGGCAUAAACCUGGGAGUCUUCCGAUUCCAGUGGAGCAGAUUAAGGAGGAACUUGAAGAGGAUAUUUUUCUCAGUCCAAGUAGUGUUUCUACCGGAAGUCCGGCAAGACAUUGCAGGAAGAGACCGAGGUUAGACGGACAGGGUGUGAGCAGCUCGCAUUCUUAUCCUUCGAGGUUGAGAAGAGCUUGUGAUCGACACUGGGACAGUAGUUACACUCCGCCACCGAUUUUGAAUCCUUCUAGGCCUGGACCAGGAUUGUAUGCGAGGCUGCAUCAGUAUGAGAGGGACUCGGAUUUUAGCUCGGAUGACUCCCAGGGAAAUGACGGACCUCCGCCAAGAAUUAAUAUUGGCACGAGGUACCAAGCGACGAUACCAGCGGUGGGAUGCGAAGGAGAUAAGGGAAGAGGCGUUCCAGAAGCUGAUCAUCUGCUUUGGGAUCCUGGUAUAAAUUCUGUCGUCACUGAUAAUGAAUUGGAAAUGUAUCUGCAAUUUGCAUGCUGUGCUUCUGUUCCUGGCGGCGGAAGAAAUAAAGAAUACGCCCUUCACCUUCUCCACAUGUGCAGAGGAAAUAUUCGCGAGGCGAUGUUAAAAUUGAUGAGGCCAACACCGUCGUUACCAGCGGAACAUCCUCUCCUUAGUUACGAGUGCCACGAAUCUGAUCGUUGGACGUCCCAUGAAAUGGACGCGUUUUACCAAGGCCUGCUGAAGCACAACAAAGACUUCUCCGGGAUUUCGACGGAAGUGGGGAGCAAGUCCACAAAACAAUGCGUGCAAUUUUACUACCUCUGGAAAAGACUCUGUCCCGAAGAGUACAAAAGGCUGCGGACACGCAAUGGAAAGCCAAAGAUAAAGUCCGAGAGCAAAGAUAAGGACUCCAAGGACACUAAGGAAUUACGCGAUGCCAUCGCUUCCGUCACGGAAAUGGACUUUAGCGAAGAAAAGUCUAUUCUCCAUCGAACUUUGUUACAGACAAAUGAAAGAGAAAGUUCAGCCACUCUGACAACAAGUGACGGCGAGCUAAGGUUAUUCGCCUACGAUUGUCCCGAUAGCUUUAGCGGAAGUGUAACAGUAAAGAUGCAGACCGGGGGAACCCAAACCGCCAAAAUCGGCAAAACUUGCCGCGCCACAGUCAACACCAACUCACAAACUCACACUAGUUCUGAGCAACAUCUACCCGUGCCCACCCUACUUCACUACCCCUGCAAGAUUUGCGGGAAAGUUUUCAACAAGGUGAAAAGCAGAAGUGCACACAUGAAGUCUCACCGGCCCAUGCCCUCUCCCGAUUCAACGGGUCAGGAAUCUAAGAGGCCAUCAGCUCAGCACCAGCAGAAUACACAAAACUUGCAGAGCCUGCAGCAGAAUCUGCCACAGAAUCUGCAUCAGAUCCACGGCAGUUCCUUGCCACAAGAUUUUAGUAGCUGCGAGAGCAGCGUUCCGAAUUCAACUCACUUAUGGCACAAUCCCAUGAGACUCAGGCCACCAUAGGCGGAGACUUCAGCCACAAUGGAACUUAAGUUACCUUCAAAACAGGCUCUAAUCAUAAGGUAGAGGCGUCCUCUGGACGAGAUUUUGUAAAUCGGGGUCGCCUUUCUACUCCUGGGUGGAUAAACCUUCCUCAGACUUGUGCCAAGCUACAAAAGUCAUCCACGAAAAAGACACGUACCUUGAAGAGAAAAAUGAAGGAAAUAAAGUAAAUAAAUAUAAAGCAAAAAUGAAAUGAUAAAUGAGAAUGUAAAAAGGUAGAAAUGGGAGAGCGCAGAAUUCGAGAAGACUCUGUUCAGCGCGAAAACAGGGUAUUCGAGGGAAAAGCGUUCUGAUCACGGGCAAAGAUAUAAUUCAAUGUCGAAAUUGUCGAAGCUUCGAGAUCAUUUUGAGGCUGAAAGGCCUAAAAAGGAACGACAAGAAGAGGGGAAUCAAGCUAUGAUUGUUCAAACGUAUUUCGUAUCAACCUAGCAUGUGAGAUGUGAAACGCUCUCAGACUGUGCCACAAGACAUUAUUACUCUGUUACCUGUUGCGUCUUUCUGGUACUUUGGACUUUAAUUUAUUCUUAUUCUUCUGUACUUCUUCCUUUCGAAAGCUGGCGAGCCCUUUUCGAAAAAACGAUACCAAUCAAAUUCGAGUCGAGUCUGGCCAAAAAUUCUCAUAUUGGGGGCACCAUUUUGGUUGAGAGCGGAGAACAGGUUUUUUUAUUUAAUUUUCGCGCCAAAGUCGACUGAAGAGUUUGGUGGUGAAAUCGGGAAGCUUAAAAUUACAAUAUUACCGUGAAUGAGAAUAUUACGGAGAAUAUAACCGAGAAAUAAAUUCUCUGAGAAUUUAUGAGAAAUUUAGAAUUUAUUUCAAUAAUUAGAAAAUUGCAUUUUUUUGUUAUUUUUGAACGAUUUUAUAAUGUUUGAAACACGUUUUAAGUAUAUAAUAGGCAUCAGGUCCAGUAUUGGAAACGGAAAACACUUUUCCAAAAAAGUAUUGCUAUUAAUCUUGCCAAAUUAAUCUGCAUGAAGGUUAUAGGUUAUGUCGGUGCUGAACCUGCUGAACAUGUAACAGUUUUUAGAAGUUACACACAAAAUAUUUUAUCAUGAAAUAUGUAUUUAAAUUCUUAUCUUUCUAAAAUAUGCACAGAACGUGCAAAACUUUUGAAACAUAUGAUUAAAAGAAAAAUAUUUAGCUAAAAUUUAUAAAUACAAUUUUUGAACGGAAAUCU